AUGUUAUCCGCCGUCCCGUGGAUCAAGCACUCUAUCAACAGCGCAGUAGCGGGUGAGUACGAGCGACAAUCACCGCGGUCAUCCCAUCACAGCUCCCGCGCGACGAGCCAAAGCGGCGCCAACACGGCUUCGGCUAGUCGUCGACUGCAGGCUGGCAGAUUUCGAUUUACCGUUCCGAGGCUUAUCAAAGCUUAUGCUGACCUUUUCGCUUACGCUGGUCCGUCGUUCGUCGCCGAUCGCCAACACCUGAACACUUGCACCAACCCCUCCCCCAUUCCUAGAUUUCGGAAUCCCUUUCGAAAUAGAAGCCCCAAGAUGGCACUCAACGGCCCGGGUAUCACCUUGCGAAAAGCUACCGACGAAGGCGAAGAUGUGGCCGAUUUUCAUGACAACAGACUCCAAGAGGGUUGGAAAGAAUGGCCCAAUGAAUCUGGUUUUGAAGGACUUGAAGAGCACCGUGGCCCUAUUGAGCUAAAAGUCAGAGGUUCAAUUCCAGCAUGGACUGCCGGCUCUCUUUACCGUACCGGUCCCGGUCAGAGUUCUGUUGAGACCGAUAGCAAAGGCACCUACAACAUCAGCCACUGGUUUGAUGGUCUAGCACACAGUCACAAGUUUGACAUUACGCCACCGAGCAAGCCGGGUGGUCGGACAUCAGUCGUAUAUUCUUCUCGGCGGCAAUCUAAGAGACUAGAGCAGCACAUCAAAGAAACAGGGAAACGAACUACUCCCUCAUUUGGCCAGCGCGCUGAUCCAUGUAUGGGCAUUUUCUCAAAGGUCAUGGGUGUUUUUGCUCCCCGUGAUCAAUACAAUAACAAUGUUGUGCUGCUACCCAACUUCCCAGGCAUCGAUAAGGACCGCAAACCUACAGAACAGACUGGCCCCCGGCUUGGUUUAGACAAUCUGUACAUUAGCACCGAUACAGCUGGUUUGCAAAAGAUUGACCCCCAAACUCUUGAGCCUCUGGGGUAUACCGAUCAGUCAAGCCUGCACCCGGACCUGAAAGGCCCGCUCUCAUGCGCACACGCGCAGCGGGAUCCCGAAAACGGCGACCUGUACAACUACAAUCUCGAGUUUGGGCGGUUCGGUACUUAUCGGCUUUUCCGCGUCAAUGCUUCCACGGGCAAAACAGAAGUGUUUGCUACGGUGUCGGAGCCGGGCAUAGCUCCAGCUUAUAUUCACAGCUUCUUCCUGACGCCAAACUACAUGGUGCUGUGCAUCCCCACUACGCAUCUUGGGUGGAAUGGUACCAAGAUAUUAUGGGAGCAGAGUGUUCUUGAGGCCAUACGACCGUUUGAUGAAAAUACUCCGUGCCGUUGGCUCGUCGUCGAUCGCAAAGGAAGCCGUGGCGUUGUUGCCCGCUUUUCCACACCCGCGUCCUUCUUCUUUCACUCGGUCAAUUCAUUCGAGGAGAUAAUUGAAGAUGAGAAUAAUGAAAAACGCACUGAUAUUUCACUGGAGUAUGUUCGUUAUGACAACACAGAUAUCCUCAAGGGCCUUUACUAUGACGUGGUUGCGGACCGAGACGACGCAGCAAAAAAGUUCUUCUUCACUGAUGAACGUUACAAAAAGGGCCACGUCCGCCUCGUGCGGUAUCGCUUUCGCCUGCCCCGUGACGGCACUCUGCAAACCAAGGAGGAAGCCGAAACUGCCACCGGCGAGGAGGUGCUUUCCAUACCGGCUCCGCACUCUGGCGACCUACCGAUUAUCAACCCACGAAUGGUGCAUAAGCCUCACCGCUAUGUAUACGCCGUGACCGGUCGCGGUAUCAGCUCGUUCUUGGACUGUCUGGUCAAGACGGACGUGCAGACGCGUGAAGCCCUCAUCUGGUGUGGAGAAAAGGGACAUACUCCUGGGGAGCCUGUGUUUGUGGAAAGACCGGGAGCGACAGAGGAGGAUGACGGUGUGCUGUUGAGCGUAGUGCUAGACGGUUUCUCCAAGACAUCGUAUCUGCUGUGCUUGGAUGCGAAGUCGUUUGAAGAGGUAGGCCGGGCAGAGGCAGAUUUUCCGAUUGGGUUUGGCUUUCAUGGACAUUACCAGAGCCAGCUGUGA